AUGCAGCUCGCGCUUGCGCAUGGUGUGGAUCUCCUGGCCCUGGGUCAUGAAGUGCCCGAAGAUCUCUUCGAGGAAGACGAAGAGGCCCCUGUGUACAAAAAGCGCAGGCUGACCCAGGGUCAGGAGUCCCACAUGAGUGAGCUGAAGGAGCGCCUCGAAAUUGCCAAGGGGGCGUACAAGCUUCUUCGUGAGCAAGUCGAUAGUGCCCUCGAUGCGGCCAGAGCCGCAGAAGAGCGCGUCGAGGUCGCUAAGAAGGCGGCCGGAGAGGGGCGCGACAGAGUCAAGAGACUCUAUGAGGGGAUCCGUAGUAUUUGUAAGGAGGCAGAGGAGGCGGGCCAGCCCCACCUGGAGCAAACACAUACUUCACAUACUACACACCCGAUACAUCCUGCACAUACAACCUUCGAGUGCGGUCAGCAAUCAUUGGUCGUUUACCAGGAUCAAAUACAGCUGAUCGCUCACUUCCUUGACGACUACCUCCCCCCGAAGACCCCGGAUGCAGUCACUUAUCAAUCGCCCGUCAACUGGGCCGAGACCUUUUCUUCUUUCUUGGAGGCCCAGUCGCCCAUGGUCCACAGGUCGCUAGCUGCCUUAACCCUAAAUCAUGCCGCCAACAGCCGCCAUGACGAUACACUCACCCAGCGGAGUCGGCAGCAGUACGAGCUUGCGGUGCAGCAAAUAUGCGCCCUCAACGAGCUCAACCAGCCCACUGACCUCAUCCGCAGUGGCAUGAUCCUGGCCCUAUACAAGUCGUACACCUACCCGCCAGCGCAGAACAGUGCCUGCAAUAUCGUACGGCAGCUGGAAGCACCCACGACGGUGCUCGGAAAACAGGACGUGCGACGGCUCCGUACCGUCGAUUUCCUCCGCAUCUGCAUCGACGGACAAAUUACGCCAGCCCCAAGUCUUGACCUGCUUACGGUGGCGUCAUCAGACGUCUGUGACCAGCUUUUGGAUAUACUGUUUCAGAUUACACAAACGUUAUCGGCUGUGCGACGGAAAACACUAUCGGGGAGGAUCGACCGGUACUCUGCUGACCAUCUAAUGCGAAAUGCAUUUUUCCACGAAGGACGAAUGCUCGAUUGGUACCGAGGGCUGGAGUUGGAGAACGAUGGCCCACCGUAUGUGUCUCGAGCAUCAGUCGUGGCGGCAAGAGCUUCUGCAUCUGGAGAUAGUAUAUUGGCGUUCCCGAACCCUUCGAUCAUACCGCUUGUGCUGCUGUAUUGGAUUGGUAUGGUAGCCGUCUAUGCGUCUCUAGCCAAGAUGCUCCAGACGCUCAAGCAAUCCGGGCAAUUUGAAGCAUCGACCACCUUGCCACAGCGGCUGAAGAAGGCUGAGAAUCUGUGCCACUACUUUGCUACUCGUAUCAACCAGUGCCACGCCGGAUGUGCGGGCCUGGGGCUGGGGACUGCUAUUCUGGCCGCAGCAACCUCUUUAGCUGCACGGCAGAUAUGCCCAGUCCGGUAA